CUUUCCCAACCGACAGCCCGCGGGUCGAGUUUGCGGAUGUCGCACAACCUUCGGCGGCAUGCCAAGCCCAAACCUGUGAGCGGCCUUGGUGACGCGUCGUUUCAACUGCACACGACUCAGCAGACACCAGACCGCCAUCCUCCUUCGAAUCAUGACGACGACCAGUCAGGUUUCGACAUCAAGCAGUUUCUCAUGGAUCAAAAAGCCACGCAGCCGUUUCACGAUAGCGCCUUGUUUCGAUCGUCGGCGUCUGCAGGUCGUGGCAUCUUGAAUACUAAUGGACAAGACGGCGGCACCAACCAACCCUAUCCUUUGCGAAGUUCUGGCAGUACGUUGCUGAAGAAGAAACAACUGCCUCGCAUGGACCAGCCUCCUCCUGCUGCUGCCUCCUUGGGCAAAGGCACGUCCUCGAUGCCGACGUUAAAUGCCGCGGGAAGUCUGUCCACGAAUACCCCUCCGUCCACCAAAAAGUUGCCCCCCCAAGAGGAAGUCACGUCAUCAUCUGGGUAUCGUCUGUACGCGAUGGAAAACAUGGCCGACUGCUCUCUCCACGCGUCUCGCUCCCACAACCACACGUGGCAAACCCUUCGAACUAGCGAUCUUCGUUCCGAAUGCCCAUGCAAGCGAAGCGAUGUGCUGGAUUUAGUCGCUUGCUUUGAUGCGGCUAUGAGUUAUUCCGGGGGCAAAGACAAUUGGGAAGGGGACCGCAAAACCGCGCUCAUCGACCGCGACUACAUGGCUGUCCAAGCCAACGUCGUCGCGUUGUACCGUCCUGCGACUGACGUGACGAAACGGUUGCUCACGUCGAUCGUGUUUGAACAAAAAUGGAGCGACAUCGUGCUGGGGGAACUCGAGGGGAUGUUGCUCGUGUCAUUCUUCGAGCAAGGCAACUUGCUCCGCAACGUUCGUAUCCAGUACGCGACGGCGUUUUACCGAUUGGAAACGCACUACACGGCGUGCGAGGCGGAGAAAAAGCGAGCACUGGACGAGGCCACGCAAUGCCGAGCUGCGUUGACUCAACAAGCGACGGCACAUGUCACGGGCAUGGCGUCGCUUCGUCAAGAGUACGAGACGGUGAUCGCUGCGUUGAAAGACCAGAUGGAGCACGAGCGUGCGGAAGCUGAUCGCAAGUUGUUUGAUGCCAAGGAGCAAAUCGCUAAAAUGAGCGAAACCAUGAAGACGUUGAACGCGAUCUUCAAGCAAAUGCGCGAAGACUCGGACAAAGUGCGCGCCGUGGAACUAAAAGAAACCAACGAAAAGCUCGAACGAAAAUGCUCGGCCUUGGACGACGAGGCCAAGUUGCUGCGCCCACUGGUGGCUCAAAAUCGAAAUUUUCAGGCUGCUCUCGAAUCGCAAGCUGCCGAAAUGGAAGCGGCAUCGACGCGAUUGCAAGAACUCGUGGCGUCGGUGGAAGACAAGGACCGGAUCAUUGAAAACCUAUUGCAUCGACAAGAACAACUGCUAGUCAAGCAAGAUAUGAUGGUUGACCAGCAGCGGACAAAAGGAUCCGGUGGGAACGACGCGGGGGGAGCCGAAGCAUCCCACGACGACGGAGCAAAUCCACCCGACGCGUCUCACUUGUGUACCCGGUGUCAAAUGUCGCUGUUGGACGACACAUCUGGCAACGGGGGAGGUGGAAACAACAAUUACGUGGGUGUUGCCACUGGCGGCGGCAGUUGCAGCGUAGGGGCUCAGCCAAUUCCGCUCGCCCGACGGCGAGAUGGCAAGCGCGUGCAGUGCUUAGCCUACCGCAUCCUUCUCCCGAACCUCCAAGGCCGACGCCCCACCAAGGACGUGUCGUGGACACUCGGCUGUAUGCGCGCCAUCUUGUACGCCAAGCAGCUGGACGAUGCCAUUUGCUUUCACAUGGGGCUUCCCAUUCGUCUCCGCAUGGCCGAGUUCGUCUACGCGUGGUUUGCUCCCGUCGACAACCCAGACCUCCCCAGCGAUCAGCGGGACGCCGUAUACGCCCAAGCGGACGAAGCGAGGUGGAGCUUGUACUACGGCGCCAAGCUCCUGUCUCGAGACUCGACGGAGGCCAAGGUAUUCUUGUCCUUUUUGGACGAAAAGUACGGCGACGACGAGCUUGUGUUUGGGCUGUUUUGCAUGCGUGUGUUGGACUGCCUCGCGGGGGGUGAGUUAGACUGGAGUCCCCUUCGGCACUCCAUGUCGUACCCCCUCUUCAACGAUGAAUGGGCCGCCCAUUUCAACUUUACGGGCGAAUCCAUUCAAGUGCCUAAAGUCGUAUGGAUCACACUGCAUCAUGCGUCCCUAGCUACGGCCAUCGUGCUCGCCAAGGCCACAGCGGACGAGCGCGACGCGUUCGACUCAAACAUGAAGGCGAUGGCGACGCUAUCGCUCCCGCCGUCCGACCGGCCGACCCGCGUCGUGUCGUUUGAUGGAAAGAACGACGGGCCCAUGUUGGAUGCGUUCCAGUGGCUCAACCUGAUGCUCCAAGAAUAUCGAGAAGAGCAAGCGCAGCGACGGGCGGCAAUUCGCCUGAUGUUUCAAACGGCCACGACCAACAGCAACAGCACCACACAAACGACGUCAUCGUCCACGGACGACUUGAUGGCGUCGGGCAGCGCCAACGCCGAAAUGGACAUGGAACAGUUCCGGGCUAUGGUUGUGGCACUCAACAGCGACGUGACUGCGGGCACGAUCGCCACGUUUUACCGCGCGUCGUACGAGCGAGGCGAUGGGCACGUGACUUACGAUGCAUUCAUGGCCACCGCGGAGGCGCUGCACUUCUUCACGUCGUGCAUGCGGCUGCCGUCCCCCAACGUCCUCGCGACCACUCAUGUGGAUACAAGUGGCGGCGGCGGCAUCAACGCGCCCCACGCCCGGCUCGGGUCCUUAGUUGCCAAACACUUUACGCUAUACGAAGCCGAGUGCAAACUCAACUUGCAGACGUCCCCCCCGUUGACACAGUCCCUCGCCAAAGCAGCGUUGGAAGAGCUUCGAGUGGUGCUGCGUGAAGGCCGCGGGUCGUCGAUCGAUGGUUUCCGUGCCCUGGCAGCGUACCAGCGCCUCUUGGCCCUUCAAACCCACGACCGCAUGGUGCGUACGGAACACGCCAGCUCCGCCAUCACGUCCAUGGUGGCGUACCGUCUCGACAAGGAGCUGUACAGUGCCAUGGAUUGCGUGCGCAUCGAUCAUUCCAAGCGUUCGGGGGCCGAGGUGCUGCUGGAUUCGAUUCGCCGCAAGAUGUCGGUACAUCGCCUGCAGCGCGCGUUCCGGGCGCGGCUGCUCCGGGACCAAGGGGUGCCCCUCAACAUGCGACAGCUCAUGCACGGCGGGUACGGCAACGGUAGGACCAACUACCGCGACCGCCGCGCGAUCCGACCGACCAAAUGGCUCGUGGUUGUGAUCGCCGACUUGGUGCGGUCCAAAAUGCAAGCGGACGCGGUUCCGUCGGCAAAUCCGAGCCGCAUCUUUGUCGAACACAUUUACGACCACAUGACAUUGCACUUUGGGUCAAGAUGGGAAGCGGAAAAAACGAUCCACGAUAUAUUUGUCAACACGCGGUCACUCGUGGCCACCCAUCCUCGGAUCCUGUUGUUUUCACAGUUGUGUGGUAUGGGUGCGUCCGGCGAAGACAAAAUCUAUGGGUCCCCCCAAGCGUUUGCGUUUGUGACGAUGGUGCUGCACUGCGGCCACCACCGGUUUCCAAUUCUACACCCCAACGCUGGUGACUCGAGUGAUUACUGUCGCCACGACGACGCACUGGCCAUCAUCGAUGUAUUCUUUUCGUCGACGGGGAGCGAGAAAAAAGAGCGCAUGGUGAGUCGAUUGCGUGAACUCGAGCGCCAAAGCCCCAAGCCCAAAACAUCCGACGCCGACAUGUUGCUGCUGCUGUUGCUGGAAGAAUGGCGGCACUACAUGCUGGACCGCAUGAACCAGAUCAAAGUCGUGUGCUGCUCCGACUCAAACUUGAUGGCUAUCGAAGGCUACUUGAGCCUGGACAACGUCAUCGCCAUCUUUCGGCGCACGGGUAUCGACAUCUCCGAGCUCGAAGUCGCCCAAGUGUUUCGGCAGGUCGUGCAGUCCAACUACUCGAGUUUGUCGUUGAUGGAACGUCUCGUCAAGUUUGUAUUUCCGAUCCUUUGUCAUGGUAAGCGGGGGGUCUUCUAAUUUAUUAUUUCGACGAGCUUAAAAUCGAACUUUGGACGAUAUAUAUAUAUAUAUAUCACGUGGACAACAGAAAUCACAGCGACCGAGGUCCAUGACGUGGCAACGCCGCACACGAACGACCAAAUUUACCUGCUCUUGUCCUUCUGGGAGCCGUAUGAAGCCACGUGUGCACAAGUCGUGGGCGACCUGCGGGCGCUUGGAACCAAGAAUGACAUGGACGCGGCCAUGUCCAAUGUGGACGUCGACCGACGCCGCAACUCGCUCAGCCGCGCGGCGUCGGUCAACUCGAAGCUGCGCGCGGCCAACAUCACAGCGGCGGAUGCAGUCAAGUUUGAGGAUAAGUUCAAGGCACUGAGUGACAAGAUGCGAUCGUUGGCAAGUCACCACGCUGCAUCCAUCAAUAAGAAUGGUACCACCAUGGACAUCAGCAAUAGCAGCAGUAGUAGUCCUGAACGAGGGGGCGAUGCCGACGAUGACGACAGCGACGACGGGGGAGCUGCUGCUGCGGCUGCGAUUUGGGCAGAGGACGUCGCCGAGACGGCCAAACAGUUUCGCAAGUUCCUCACCGAAUGCACGAGACUGCGCGCGUUGGCCAAGAUCGAAGUCGGCCCAAUCCCAGACAAAUGGCAUGUGGAUGUGGUCGCUGCGUCGACUUCAUAACGAAUUGAUAUCUCUAUUAAUAUUAAUGUAGUGGAUGACUGCCAAAUAUCUCGCAAA